AUGUUUGGUAAAGUGUUUGUAAGUUACGUCAGGACAAGAAUCGGGUUUAAGCCAUUAAGCACGAUAUACGCGCCCGUUUCUUCCUCUUCCUCCUCCUCCUCUUCUUCUUCGUCGCACGGCUUCGACAAAGAGGCGUACUUUCCGUAUAAAAAAUGGCAGGAGUUGGAUAUGCACCAAAAGCAAGAAUUCAUCCAGCGGUUCGUCAAGAACUACAGACACCAAUACCCAAGCUCCAAGACCAACGUAUCGUUGAAGGGACUGAUCAUCGGCAUGGAUGAGCACAACGAUUCGCCGUCCGUGUUCGGCAUUUUUUACAACGAUAUUUGGAAAUCGUUCAAAAACGAGCCAGAAAAAGCCGGUGGUAGUCUUAUCCCCAUGAAAUCGGGUAAUAGAUUCAGCCAUCCUAGCUUCAGACAGUUGUUGAUACAAAAAUAG